UCGGAGCUGCCGACUGCCAUCUCUACACUGUAAAUCUCUAAACCCCUUUCACUCCAUCUCCCACUCUUCACAAGGCGAAGCUGAAAUUGAAUCAAUCCUUCAAAUUUUAUGGGGGAUUGCAUCGCGACAUCGAUCCAAUAAAAGAAAUUACAAUUUAAUACACAAAUGGUUUCGUGAUUUUGACGAAACCCGGAUUUUUUAAAUCUGCAUUGGUGCUUGCUGCAUUGGGAAUUGAUCUUCCUUUCUCUUCAAUCACCUGUUUAACUUGCUACUUGGCGCACUGUAGCUGAGCUGCGAUGCAGUUGUAGGGUGAGAAAGUGUUGGAGAUUGGUUUGGUAUGGCGUGGUCUGAGAGGAUUAAAAUGAAAUCGAAGAUAAAAUGGGCGGCUCUCGCGGGACUAAUGUUGUCGUUUACUUCGAUAUUGGUGCAUUUGUUCCUUGCAAAGUCGAGUGCCAGUCUUGUGAUGUACAGUGCAGUCACUGCUUUCAGUGAGGAUUUAACUCACUUUGACGGCCCCGUCAGAAAGGGUGCUGGUUAUAGAAGGUUGUGGGGAAGAGUCAAUGCUUUGGAGCACUUACAGCCGUAUGCAAACCCAAGAAGUACUCCAUAUCUCGUUCCCAAUAAACAGAACAAUGGUUUCAUUUAUGCUAAAAUUCAUGGCGGCUUUGAGAAGAUUAGAACCUCGAUCUGCGAUCUUGUUGCUGUGGCGAGGCUUCUAAAUGCUACCCUAGUCAUACCAGAGAUCCAACAGAGCCUACAAUCAAAAGGCGUCAGUUCCAGCUUCAAGAGUUUUUCUUACCUUUAUGACGAAGAGCAUUUUGUGGAAGCUCUGGUAAGUGAUGUAAUCGUUGUAAAGAGCCUACCAUCUCACUUGAUGGAGGGCCGGAAACAGAAACAAUAUCCAGUCUUCAAACCCAAGAGUUCUUCCUCUCCAAAAUUUUAUCUGCAAGAAGUUUUACCAAAACUAAAGAGUGCAAAGGUCAUUGGCCUAAUACUUAAUGAUGGAGGAGGCUUACAGCCCAUCCUCCCCUCAAGCUUGGUCGAGUAUCAGAGGCUCAGGUGCCGAGUUGGAUUUCAUGUGCUGCGUUUUCGUGCAGAAAUUUUGGAAGUUGCUCAUCAAAUGGUAGCAAGGCUACAAGGUUCUGGUCAACCAUAUAUUGCUUACAAUCCCGGGUUGAAGAGAGAGACCCUAGCUUAUCAUGGUUGUGCUGAACUUUUUCAGGACAUACACACAGAACUCAUUCAGUACCGUCGAGCACAGAUGAUUAAACAAGGAUUAGUUAAAGAAGAGCUAAGUGUGGAUUCAUAUGCUAGAAAAGGAAAUGGUUCUUGCCCACUGAUGCCAGAAGAGGUUGGACUUCUCCUUCGAGCUAUGGGUUACCCUCCUAGAACAAGAAUAUACUUGGCAGGUUCUGAAACCUUUGGUGGUCAAAGAGUACUGAUUCCUUUACGUGCCAUGUACGCCAAUUUAGUGGAUCGAACUUCUUUGUGCAGUAAACAAGAGUUGGCAAAUGUAAUUGGCUGGGAAAACCAACUUCCCACAGAUUCUUAUGUAUUUCCAGCAAAAAAGAGUGCAAAGCAACCAAAAGAAGAUUGGAAAAGGGCUGGUCCGCGUCCCCGUCCUCUCCCUCCGCCUCCUGAUAGGCCUAUUUAUGGACAUGAGAGAGAAGGCUGGUAUGGAUGGAUUUUGGAAAAAGAUUCAGAACCAGACCCUUCCCCAAAUGAUUUAAGGGACCAAGCUCAUCGUUUGCUAUGGGAUGCUCUUGAUUAUAUAGUCUCUCUGAAGGCUGACGCAUUCUUUCCUGGUUUCGACAAUGAUGGUAGUGGAUCUGCAGAUUUUUCCAGCUUAGUCAUGGGACAUAGGUUGUUUGAUAUGGCCUCAACUAGAACAUAUAGACCCGACAGGAAAUAUAUUACCGAACUCUUAAACACCACCAGUGAUCACAUUUACCGUCCUCCACGCAAUUGGACUCUUGCUGUAAGAGAACACCUCAACAAUAGCAUGGGAGAAGACGGCCUUGUGAAAGGGUUUCGUCGGGUGAAACCAAAGUCAUUUCUUUCGCACCCCCUGCCCGAGUGCUUAUGCACAACCAUCAAGCGUGCUGAUCUUAAGCAGUUGCAGAAGAGCAGUAAAUAUAAAACCAUAUACGAAGGCCAAGAUGAGUGCCCCAACGGAAUUGCACGACCUGGGCCACGAGAGAGCAGCGAUGAGGAUACCGAAGCACAAGAAGAUGAAACUGAUACAGAUAUUAUCGAAUCUGAUGAAAGUAGCCCAGCUGAGACGAUUCCCUCCAUGGAGCAGGACGAGGAAAUGGACCCCGAUGAUUAAGGUCAGUGUAUAGUUACAACUCUGCUUGAUAUGGCCAACCGAUACUGUUCUAUUGAGUCGAAAGAGUGGACAUUUUCGUGAAGAGUGUAGCUUUUCGAGGCGGUAAGAAGGCUUCACUUGUCGAGUCAUACACAGGUUUUGAAUAUAGCUUUAGUUGAAUAUAGAUUGAUGAUAAUUGAUAGAGAAUAUGGCAUACACAGAUUUUCUACACAUAACUCAUAGCAGUGUACAUUUUUUCAUUUGUUAUCCUACAUUUUUGGAAUACACUAAAUAGUGCCAUUUUGUGGUUUCUUUUCUAA